AUGUUAGCAGAGAUUGAUCGGUUGCUGGCUGGGCCACCAGCAGCCGGUGUGAUUGGGAUUGUAUCGGAAGAUCUGAGUGCACCGGAUUUCCUGCUUAUGAGUAUCACCAGUUACGCGAUGAAGAGGCAAAUCAAAGUGAUCUACCUAUCUGCCACCAGAAACGAGCAUGCUGUGAGGAUAAUGGCAAAUAAAUUAAUGAUUCGUUUAUCGGACAAAAUGCGAUAUGUAUCACUGUGCCAGUGCUUGCCAGAUGGAUUCAUAUCCAGUGGCGAAUCAUUCUGCAUGCAACUCCUCCAAAAAAUCGAAGAACAAAUCGAACAAAACGACAAAGAAGUAUUUAUUUUAUUUGAUAAUUUCACCGCCUUCUGUGAUUUGAAAAUCGAAGAACAGAUCGAACAAAACGACAAAGAAGUGUUUAUUUUAUUUGACAAUUUCACCGCUUUCUGUGAUUUGGUUGGCCUUCCAUCCAUUGUACCCACAUUUAUACGACGACUUCAACAACUCGUUUUCGAUAAAAAUGCUGAACCUCUGCUGGUAAAGUGA